AUGAUACCGCAGACGAUGGGCUACCUAGAGGAGUUUGAUAAAGAGAGGCCAGAUCCUGAGAUAAACGGCAAAACCAUCACCUUUGUUCCAAAGAACGAACGAGUUAAAGAGCUUCGUGUCAAGGCAAAAACUCAUGAUGAGAAAAUACAGUUUCACUCGCCACUGGGCUCGAGUCUCUGUGCUGUCUGCGCAAAUGAGGGAAGUUGUAAAGUUGUUCCGUCGAGAACAAAGAUGAUGAAGACACUAGUAGAUAUGGGAAAGCCUCGAGAAUCCGUAUCCAUUUUUAACAAUUUAAUCCAAGAAGGACACAAGCCCAAUUUGAGAACCUACAACUCGCUUGUUUGGGCUUGGUGUACUGAAAAAAAUAUGAAAGCGGCUUGGGAUUUAGUGUCGGAAAUGGCGGUCUUGGGAGUGGGGCCCAAUGUCAUCACUUACAACAUGUUGGCUACGGCUUAUAUUAAGGAUGGGCGGAUGAGGGAGGCCAACAACGUAAUUCUGGAGAUGGCAAGGAAUAAUGUACGUCCGAAUGAAAGGACCUGCGGCAUUAUAAUCUCAGGCUACUGCAAGGAAGGUAGAAUACAGGACGCCUUGAGAUUCAUUAACAAGAUGAAGGAUCUCGAGAUAAAGCCUAAUCUCGUCAUUUUCAAUUUGUUGAUCAAGGGGUGUAUUGACGCGUCUGAUAUUAAUGGCAUUGAUGAGGUUUUAGAUUUGAUGGCGAAAUUCGAGGUCAAACCGGACGUGAUCACGUUCAGCAGCAUCAUGAAUGCAUGGAGCGAUGCUGGCUACAUGAUCAAGUGCCGGGAGGUUUUCGAGGACAUGGUUCGGGCCGGCAUAAAGCCCAAUGUCCGUGCAUACAGCAUCCUAGCCAAGGGCUACGUGCGGGCCCAGGAGCUCGAGAAGGCAGAGGAACUACUGGCUGCCAUGGAGAAAGCCCGUGUGGGCCCGAAUGAUGUGGUCUACACAAUCGUGAUCAGUGGAUGGUGCAACCAGGGCUUGAUGGGGUCCGCCCUUACGGUUUUUGGAAAAAUGGUCAAGAAGGGGAUUUCCCCCAAUCUAAAUACGUUUGAAACCCUAAUCCGGGGAUAUGCAAAAAAAAAGCUGCCGGGGAAGGCCAAGGAAGUUCUGCGAGUUAUGGAGAAGUUUGGGGUUCGGCCCGAAAAAAGCACUUUUGGGUGGAUUCCCCAAGCUUCGUGUGAGGCCAGUCUAACCAAUGAGUCUGGAAAUUCGGGUAUGGCUCAGGAAUUGCAUGAAGAUGUCCUAGAGAGAUAUUACGAGAAGGAAGGGGUAAAAACUCGUGAUGAGAAAAUACAAUUUCACCCGCCACUGGGCUCGACUCUCUGUGCUGUCUGCGCAAAUGAGGGAAAUUGUAAAGUUGUUCUGUCGAGAACAAAGAUGAUGAGCACACUAGUAGAUAUGGGAAAGCCUCAAGAAUCCCUAUUCAUUUUUAACGAUUUAAUCCAAGAAGGACACAAGCCCAAUUUGAUAACCUACAACGUGCUUGUUCGGGCUUGGUGUACUGAAAAGAAUGUGGAGGCGGCUUGGGAUUUAGUGUCGGAAAUGGUGGCCUCGGGCGUGGGGCCUGAUGUCAUCACUUACAACACGUUGGCUACAGCUUAUAUUAAGGAUGGGCGGAUGAGUGAGGUAAAAAACGUAAUUCUGGAGAUGACAAGGAAUAAUGUGUGUCCGAAUGAAAGGACCUUCGGCAUUAUAAUCUCAGGCUACUGCAAGGAAGGAAGAAUACAAGACGCCUUGAGAUUUGUUUACCAGAUGAAGGAUCUCGGAUUAAAGCCUAAUCUCGUCGUUUUCAAUAUGUUGAUCAAUGGUUGUCUUGACGCGUCGGAUAUUAAUGAGAUUCUAGGUUUGAUGGCAAAUUUCAGUGUCAAACCGGAUGUAAUCAUGUUCAGAACCAUCAUGAGUGCAUGGAGCAAGGCCGGCUGCAUGAUUAAGUGCGGGGAGGUUUUCGAUGAAAUGGUUCGGGCCGGAAUAAAGCCCGAUGUCCAUGAAUACGGCAUCCUGGCCAAGGGCUACGUGCGGGCCCAGGAGCCCGAGAAGGCAGAGGAACUCCUGGCUGCCAUGGAGAAAGCCCGUGUGGGCCCGAGUGUUGUGGUCUACACACUCGUCAUCAGUGGAUGGUGCAGCCGGGGCUCAAUGGGGUCCGCCCUUAAGGUUUUUGGGCAAAUGGUCAAUAAAGGGAUUUCCCCCGAUUUAAAGACCUUUGAAACCCUAAUCCGGGGAUAUGCAAGAAACAAGUUGCCGAGGAAGGCCGAGGAAGUUCUCCGGGUUAUGGAGAGGUUUGGGGUUCGGCCCGAAAAUAGCACUUUUGGGUUGAUUCCCCAAGCUUCGUAUGGAAAUUCGAGUAUGGAUGAGGAAAUGCAUGAAGAUGGGCUAGAGAGAUUUUACGAGCAGGAAGGGGUAAAUUCGUCAUUUCCGAGGCUGAGGAUACCUAGCACGGUCUUGAGGGAUCAGAAGGGAUCAGCUGGUCCGGGCAAAAGAGGGCGGAUGGUGUUGAGGGAAGCCGGAGGUUCGUGCUCGACGAAAGUUGUGAAUUUUAAGUGUCGGCAUUUGGGGGGCCGAUGGCCGGUGGUUAGCCGGAGAAGUUUCGAGGGGCAGCUGCGUGUGUCUGAUCAGUUUGCACCAUGUUGUAUGCAGCUCCUUUGUUGA